AUGGCGAGCCCUGCGCAUUGCUUCUAUUGUUUCGAAGUUCUAUCGGCCAGCUUUGAACGUCGAGAUCCUCCCACCUUACCAAAAGUGCUCGAAUGGUAUGAGGCCUACAAAACAGCUCGUCAACCUAGUGGAAGAGCUACAGCAGGGGAUGAAGAAUUAGAAAAUGGCAAACGUCCAGCCAAAGUAAUGGACUCUGAAGAGGAAGAUCGGGGCGGUGACGAAGAAGAGGAGGAAGAUGAAGAAGAAGACGACGAUGCUGGGGAAGAAGAGAUCCAACGUUUUGAUCGUCGCCACAAUAACAGCAACGCCGGGCCUCAACUGGCCAGCAUCUCUCGGUUGCAAGCGUCGAGUUCGUCGUCGCGGUCGUCGUCGGCGUCUUCACCUUCACUCUUCUCCGCGAGCUCGUCCAAUUCGCAGCUGACAAACUCAUCGAGUACAACCUCCUCGAGCUCCCAUACUCGCUCCACGUACGCGUCACAGCUCUCGGCUACCGAGUCGUAUCCGCUCUUCGUCACCUGGAACACUGUAGGCCGCUCUGGCAACAAAGCUCUAAGAGGAUGCAUCGGGACAUUUGAGGCCCUCCCCCUCGCGACGGGACUCAGCACUUACGCCUUGACAUCGGCCUUUGAUGACACGCGAUUCUCGCCCAUCCCGGCUGCACUGUUGCCCGCACUCUCCUGUUCUCUGACAUUACUUGCAGACUUCGAGCCCUGCCGGGAUGCCAUGGACUGGACACUAGGCGUACACGGCUUACGGAUAAGCUUCAACUACCGAAAUCGGCGACACGGCGCGACGUAUCUGCCAGACGUGGCGGUCGAGCAAGGGUGGACCAAAGAGGAGACGGUGGAGAGUUUAAUGAAGAAAGCAGGAUGGGACGGAGGGUACACAGGUCACGGCGUUGCGAGAAGGCUCCUACGAGGGUCGAUUAGAGGGUCUGCAAGCGAUCAGCAACAGUCCCAACCGCCAAAGCCUUGGGAGGAAGUCCAAGAUUUCAAGGCGAUCAGGUAUACGGGGCUGAAGUCGAGUGCAUCAUAUUCCGAGUGGCAGGAAUGGCGCGACUGGGUGGAGAAGAACGGACUCAAGUGA